AUGACCGUGAUGAUCUCGACCGACGGCCUCGUCGUCUCAGCACCUUUGGUGUUGAUGCCUCAGCUGAAGAAGAGCAUUGAUGCCGACGACUCAGAGAAUCUUCGCAAGUUGCAGAGUGCCGAGCAGAAACUCGCUGCACCCACUUCGUUGCACCGACUCAAGCCGUCGGCUGCACAGAAAGAUCUGUCAAGUGCUGAGAAGUCCUCGACGAGGACGAAGCUUUUGGGCCUCAACAACUCACUCGGACACCUCCUUUGUUACAGAUUUGCAGACUCGUCGCCGCCAGUCAUGCUACGUCCGCGCUGCCACGGCGAAACUCGCGAAUACAUGGAGCAGGAGGGAUUGCGAUUGCCGUACUUGUACAACAGAGAUGACAAAUCUGCUGUGUGGCAAUGCUCUGCAACGGCGGGGUUCAACAGAACCGUCCGCCUCAGCACGCUUUCCGAUGAGGGCGACAUCGGUGCCGCUUUCCAGUUGGCAGACGCAGGUCUCGCGAUUUUUCCGCAUCGCGAUUGUAGUCACAAGUUGCACAGGGAGGAGAUUUUAGCAGCGGCAGCGGUCCCACAAGUUCAGCUUGCCAAAAGGCAAGUGAUGUUGGUCCUCAAAUAUGCAAAAGGGCCAUACAAGAGCUCCAGCUUCGGCAGGCGCCUACUGGAGGCUCGGCAGAGCCUGUCGAGUCUGCCGGAGAACCACGUCCUGCUGGAGUGGGUGGCACCCAACAUCAUCCAGGAGCGACAGCUUUCAAAAGACUGCACCAUGGCCGAGCUGAAACAGGAGAUCCUGAAGGUGGUGGCCAGUGGGGCUCUGGGCGGCGACCACAAAGCAUCGAGAUGGGGUGAUUUCAUUGACCAUUUUGGUCAAUUGAGAAGUCGAUGGUCGAUUGAGCUCCUGGUGCACUUGGUGGCUUUGACUUUAGAAGGCCGGAACCCCCUCAAGGAGUUGGGGCUCGCCUUAGCCAAGGAAGGAGCGGUCGACGACCUGGCCUUGCUUCCCAAGGUGUUGAGGGUCAAGGAAGAUGUGCGGCCGUUUGGGUCGGUCCGGAUCAAGAGAUUCAUUGCCUUGGAGUGGCCAGAGCUCAUGCUUCGGACUUUGAAGAGUGCAUUGGCAACGCAUGCUGUGCAAGACGUUCUUUUCAAUGCCGACGAUGACGAAGAUGUCAUUUUGACAGCUCACUGGCGGUAUGUGGUCGUUACUUUGCAGAGGUUCUCAGAGUUUGCCCUGCUUUACAAACGGUUCCCUUGGCGGUUUUUCCUCUUGUUGGACGAGAACAAAGAGAUCGUCCAACGGACACUGCAAGAGAUGAAGUCCGAGUGGCAGUUCCUGCUGCAGCUGGAGGCUGCACAUGCAAAGCCAGCAGAGGUUCACCCUCUCAAGCAGUUGUGCUUCACCCGAUGGUAUUGCUAUCGUGAGGUCAUGACGUUCGCGGAGGAAAGGCGAUUUGAAGACAGCCGCGACCUGCGCCUUCUCGUGAAGGCUUGGCAGCCGGACCCUUCGAGCAGCUUAGGUGCCGAAGACUGCUUCAGAAACCUGAGGUCGGCCGAGAAGAAGCAGGCAGGUCUUGUUUCGCCGCCGCAGCUGCAAGCUGUGAGCAUGAAAUCGCUGAACAGCCGAUACGCUGGCUACGAGACGGUCGGCUUUGACACUGCCCAAAUUCAUAGCAUUCCUGUGAGCCAGACCAUCAAGUCCAGCAUCUUCGACCCCCGUCGAGCGACCGGGCAGGACACAGGAAUGAUUGGGUUUAACACACUGGUCCGGACAACAGCGACAUCCGCCCACCACAUGACUCGAAGAUCUUUCAACCUUUGGUCCACAGUCUUGCGGCUGCAGAAUGAUCUUCGGUCAACCUGGAUCGCGGAGUUGUGCCGCACGGGACAGGUGCUCGGCUGUGGCGAGCACCUGUGGCUCGUCGUUGAUGCCCCCUACGUGCAUCUGAAAGUCUGGCCAUUGCUGCUUCAAGAUAUGGAGAUCCGUGGCGAGCGAGACGUGAACCCGCCGUCGGUGGCAGACUGUCGCAUCUUCGACUGUCAGCCUGUGUUCAAAGCAACCCUGCCGGAGCUUUCAAGCAUUGUUCUGAAGAUGGGCGACUCCCGACCCCUGCUGAAUCAUGCCUUGGAGCAUUAUGCCAGUCGCCACCAAGCUACCCUGAGUCACUUUUCGUUGUGCAUGGUAUCGGGGCUGCUUCCGAGAGGCUUGAGCGCCAACGCUUUACGAGCGCUUUGUAUCGACCAAGGGUGUCCUAUGGGCGGCAGUGCAAGCAAACGUGCUUGUUGCGAGAAGCUCCUGACGACUUUGGGGUACGACGAAGUUGCCAGGAUUUCCAUUUUGGGAUCCUUCCGCAAGCAGUCUGUUGAGAACGAGGAUAAUGAUGACGACCGGCCCGCAGAGGGUGAUUUCGAGGACGACGACAACGUGCCGGGGCUCGAUGCCGCCUGCGAGGCAGAGAUGCUGAACCAGCUGCUCGCGAAGAUGGAAGCAGCUGAAGUUGCUGAUGGUGCAGAAAAGCCUGAGGCCGCAGAGCCUCCGCCGAGACCGAAAGCUGUAGCCGUAGCCUGGCCGGCUACUGAGAGAGGCCUUGGUCAGCCGUCCGUGGUGGAUGAUCCGCUUCCAGAUGGCUGCAGAUUGUCUUUGCAUACUCCGCAAGCUGGCAGUCCUAACAUCCAGGCUUUCCUUCCGUCCGGAGAGAAGUGGCAAGGCAAGGAGAGCUGCAGUCGUGCUUAUAGGCCGUCUGGAGCUGUGAUGCAUCAGGGCAAUCGUGCGAGCCGAAGUUUUGAGUCGGCGAAAGCUGAAGUUGUCGCUUGGCUUUGGAGUUGGCACGACGCCAAAAACAAGAAGGAAUCAGCAGAGCCAGCUUCUUCCUCGGAGCCUGCACCUAAGCGGGCCAGGACCUGA